GAUCCUGAAUCCCAACACCUGGCACCUGACCCACACUAAGCAUUAACUAAGUAUUACAAAUAAACAUUUGCUUCUUGUGUUCCUGGCUUCAGGAAGCCAUGUGAAUAUGAAGCUAGAGGCUUCACUAGUCUGCGAGGUUAGGGCAUAUGAGAGGUGUGAGUUAAUUUCUGGAAGGGAAGCAUCCCCUUGAUAGCACAGCAACUCCUCAGAGAAGAGAUUUUUCUGUUUUGUUUUUCCCCUUUUUAGCAACUAUUACAUGCUCAGUGCAAAAUAUUCAACUGUUAUGGCACAGGGUUUGACCAACGGCCGUACAGGCACCAGCUGCACACCAUGUACCGUGGAACCUAUCACUUGUAGCUGAACAUGACACCUGGAAUACAGCAGGAGCAUCAGGAGGUCCUCGGAGGUGAAGUUGGGUGAGGCAAGGGUGGGAACAGUCAAUUGAUCGAUUGAUUGUUCUUAGACUAGGGAAGGUCUCAGCAGGGAGAAGCCUGCUGUAAAGGACUUUGCUGUUGAGCCAGGGGACUUGGACUCUGUCUGUGUUGACACACACAGGGUGAGUGUUGCAAUCCCCAGGCUCCUGACAGCUGACUUCAGGGGACCGGGCCAGACCUCAGAGCCCCACCAAGUGUGCCAGGAGGGAAAUGCUCUAGGCCUGAACUGCUGCGGGGAGAGAUGGCAAUCUUCCACAAGGAUCCUUAGGAGGGAACCUUGCCUGAGCCUUUCCCAGUGACAUCUUUUGGUGACCACAAAGGGACCUUCGGGAGACACCCCCAUCCCAGACGCUAAUAGUCAGGGCUUCCAGGAGACCUCCAGUGAUGUCUAACUGUCACUCUCACGGACCUCAAGAUUUCAGACAUGAAAGUCUUCUCAUGGCCCCAUAUCGCAUCCGCAAAUACCGGGAGAGUGACCGCGAGUGGGUUGUGGAUUUGUUUUCCGAGGGGGUAGCAGAGUAUGCUCCCAUCACCUUCCGCCACAUCCUCAAGUUGCCCCGAACCCUUGUGCUCUUAUUUGGAGGGCCUCUUGCCGUACUCCUGGCCUCUGGUUCCUGGCUACUCGCCCUUGCCACCAACCUUACCCUCCUUGUCCUUCUGAGGCUCUUUGCCAAAUAUCCCUGGAAUGAAUUUAAAGUCCUGGUGUUGCAGUCGGACAUGUCCGACAUCACCAAAUUCUACUUGUGUGACCAUGGCUCCUGCUUCUGGGUGGCUGAGUCUGAGGAGCAGGUGGUGGGCAUGGUGGGAGCUCUGCCUGUUAACGACCCCACCUUGUGGAAGCAGAAGUUGCAGCUGCUUCACCUCUUUGUGGACUCUGGGCACCGAAGGAGAGGGAUAGCAAAAGCGCUGGUCAGGACUGUCCUCCAGUUUGCCCAGGACCGGGGCUACCGUGAAGUUGUCCUUUGUACUUCCAUGCUGCAGCAUUCCGCCCUGGCCCUCUACCGAAGCAUGGGCUUCCAGAAGACGGGUGGGGAAUUCUUUUCCCUGAGCUGGAGGCUAGUGGCUGUUCCUACGUUUUUUUUAGUUUAUCGCCUCCCUGUGAUCUAGUUCCUUGCAUGAUAGGAUCCACUUUGCUGUAGUAACAAGCAAACCCUGACAUUUCAAUGAUAAGCACAGGAAAAGCUUACGGGUCAUUCACACUAGAGUCCAGCAUGCUUGAUGGUGGCGGGGGGGAAGAGGGCUCUGGUCCAUUCAGUCUUCUUGGGUUGCCUCUGUUUCUUUUAUCUAGUGCCCUGAUAAAGUUAUACUAAAAAAAUCCUGCAAAUGAUAAUAAAGUUAUUAGCUCAUGAA